AAGCAACAGUUGCGGAGACCAUACAAGUGACAACCAGGCAAACACGAGGACACGACUCACACGAGGGAGAGGAGAAGAAGAAGAAGAGCCGCCAUGGCCGCAGGAGCUGCCUGCUGCUACCGCCCUGCCGCGGCGGGGAGGGCAAGCCUCGACGCCUUCGCCACCUCGUCGCCGUCGUUGAGGCCGAGCAGCAGCGGUGUCUUCUUUAUCAGCAGCAGCAGCAGCAGAUGGUGGAUGAGGAGGAGGAGAGGGGAGGGGAAGGUGAAAAUCAGCAGCAGCAGCAGGGCAAGAGCCAAGCCCAUGUCGAGACCUGCGCUCUUCUCCCCUGUGGCCAUGGAGUGGCAGGAGUGCAGCACCGAGAUUGAAGUCGAUGUUCCCUGUUCAGUGGCUUAUCAGUGUUACUCAGAACGUGAGACCAUUCCUCAAUGGAUGCCAUUUAUCUCAUCUGUCAAGAUCCUUGAAGAUAAACCAGAUCAAUCACGUUGGACUUUGAAGUAUGAGAUACUUGGUCGAGAUGUAGAAUUUUCGUGGCUAGCUCGAAACAUGACACCUACUAAAAACCAAAAGAUCCAUUGGCGAUCUCUUGAAGGUCUUCAAAAUAGGGGUGCUGUUCGUUUCUUUCCUAAAAGCUCAUCCUCUUGCAGAGUACAACUGACGGUGGCUUAUGAAGUUCCUGAAAUUUUGGCACCUGUUGCGUCAGCACUGAAGCCAUUUCUGGAAGGGCUGCUUAUGCAAGGUUUAGAACGUUUCGCGACGUUUGCGAAGGAACGAUAUAGCAAGAUCCCUCAACCUUGACGGGAAUCAAUCAUUUGCAUUCGAAUACUCAUUUCUAAGGAUUUUAGUCUCAUUCAAGAGAAGCCCAGCGAAGGUCACAAUCGAUGUAAAGACCAGUAGACCACCUAAUGCCACCCUAGAUGCAGUGGAAAAUUCAUCCAAAGGGAAUUACAAGAGUUGACUGCUAUGAGAAAUAAAACUGAAAUAAAAGAAUCAUAUUGUUGACCAUUCUUUUUGGUCAUUAUAAUCAAUGAAAUGUACCAGCAUUGAACAUGAAACUUUGAUAGUAUGGCAAAGCCAAUUCAUCCUUUGUCUGAGACAAAUUGCGCUGAGUCCUCUUUGCAAUAUAAAUGCAUGUUUGCAGGACA